CCUCCCUCCCUCCUCCUUUCUGCGGCGGAGCCUCUCGGGCCGAGCAGCUCAGUUCCGGUCACGUUGCGCUCUGUUUACGCCCCGGCGCCCCCUGGUUGGAGCCCAGAGAGGAUGGGGCCCACGGGCGACGGAGGCUGGAGCCCAUGACCCCCAGCAGCGCCCCCCGGCUCUUCCUGCCGCCUCCUCCCUUGGCAAAGGCUCGGGCCGUUAAAUGCGUCGCAAUGGAGACGUUGUCCCUGGAGCACCAGAUCCAAAGCGUGCAGCGGCACAUUGCUUUCCUCAAGAAGGAACAGAUGGAACUGCUCCACGACUUGCACCUGGAGAUCCUGCGCUUGCAAAAACACUGCACAGAGCUGACCCAUGAUCUUGAGAUGAGGGAACUAGAAGCCAACCAGCAAGACAUGAUUGAUGAAGAGCUUGAGGAAAAGUGCAGGAUCAUGGAGGCCCGGCUGGAGGAGAAGGAGAAGGACAACAUGGAGCUGCGCAAGGAGUUGAGGCACAAGGAGAGCUUGGUGGCUGCCCUCCGGUCCAACCUGAGGAACAAAGAGCGGAAAUUCCUGGAGGAGCUGAAGAGGAGAAGCCACCGGGUGACCAUCCUCAACACGGAGUUGCAGAAGCAGACUGAGGCCGCGGCUUAUCUCUCCUUUCAGCUCCACGCCACCAAACAGAAGCUCCAUGGCUCCAAGCAAAGUGGGAAAGCCCUCCUGGAAAGGUCGUUGCCGCCGCCGCCAGAGAAAGCCUUCCUUCCGCCGCCUUGCAGUGAGACCAGGCCCAAAAAGCGGACUCAGAAAUCUCAUUCUCGCCGGUCAGCCGGCAGCGGCUUUCACAACAAAGGGGCCUUCAAGGACUCAUCACCACGGGACAGGCUGAGCAGCUUCGAAGAGGCUGAAGCCAUGCCUGACCCAGCCCUUUUUUUGUACACGCAACGGCACCAUGCUCCUUCCCACCAUGCAAAACCGGAACACAAGGCUCCCACAAAAGCGAGCCCUGAGCAAAGCGGUAGCAAUAUGGGGCGCCCCAAACCCUCACGCCAGGCUUCCCAAGACACGGUGGAAUCUGCCGGUCGGGUCAGGACUUCGGGCAAAUCGAGGCCGUCUUCCAAAGGGGAACCCCGGAAACGCACCCCCUCAGGCCCGCAAAUGUCUAAAGACACCGACUAAGGGAAAGGGGUCGUGGAGAGCAA